AUGUCUCAGAGUCAGACCAAUUGGGAAGCUGAUAAAAUGUUGGAUGUGUAUAUAUAUGAUUACCUUAUGAAGAGAAAAUUACAUGCUUCUGCAAAGGCAUUUCAAGAUGAAGGAAAAGUGUCUACAGAUCCUGUAGCUAUUGAUGCACCUGGUGGCUUUCUUUUCGAAUGGUGGUCUGUCUUUUGGGACAUAUUUAUUGCUAGGACGAAUGAGAAGCACUCAGAAGCAGCUGCAUCUUACAUUGAGACUCAAGUGAUGAAGGCUAGGGAGCUGCAGCAGCAACAUCAGCAGCAGAAGCCUCAGCCGCAACAGCAAAUGCAAAUGCAAAUGCAGCAGCAGUUUUUACAGAGGCAUGUUCACCACCAGCAGCAGCAGCAGCAACAACAACAACAACAACAACAACAACAACAACAACAACAACAGCAGCAGCAGCAGCAGCAGCAGCAGCAGCAACAGCAGCAGCAACAGCAGCAGCAGCAGCAGCAGCAGCAGCAGCAACAGCAGCAACAGCAGCGUCGAGAUGGGACCCAGCUUCUAAAUGGCACUGCCAAUGGGCUUGUUGGCAAUGAUCCUCUUUUGAGGCAGAACCCUGCAACUGCUAAUUCAAUGGCAACAAAAAUGUAUGAGGAGAGAUUAAAGCUUCCAAUACAGAGGGAUGGUUUGGAUGAUGCAGCUAUCAAGCAAAGAUUAGGUGAUAAUAUGAGUCAGCUUCUGGAUUCCAAUCAUGCCUCAUUGUUGAAAGCCGCCACUACAGGUGGCCAGCCUCCUCGUCAAAUGCUGCAUGGACCUGGAGGCAUGUUGGGGAAUCUUCAACAAGCUCACAACCGGAGUCAGCAACUUCCUGGUUCGACACAGGACAUAAAGACUGAGAUGAUGAACCCCAGAGCUGCUGCUCCAGAAGGAUCAUUGAUUGGUGCUCAUGGAUCAAAUCAAGGCAGUAACAAUUUGACUCUGAAAGGAUGGCCUUUAACGGGAUUUGAUCGGUUUCGAUCUGGGAUUCUUCAGCAGCAAACUUCUUUGAUGCAGUCCCCUCAACCCUUCAAUCAACUUCAGCUACAGCAGCAACUUAUGCUUGCACAACAAAAUAUGGCUUCCCCAUCUGCCAAUGACUUGGACAGUAGAAGGCUGAGAAUGCUUCUCAACAAUCAAAAUACAGGUCUCGGGAAGGAUGGUCAACUAAAUUCUGUUGACGUAUCUAACGUUGGAUCACCAGUACAAGUUGGUUGCCCGGUAUUACCUCGUGCGGAUGCCGAUAUGAUUAUGAAGUUACAGCAACAGCAGAUGCAAAGCAACAAUCAACAGCAGCAACAGUAUUCGCAGCAUCCGCUUUCAAGUCAACAAUCUCAGAGUUCAAGCCAACACCUACAGCAGCAAGAAAAAAUUAUUGGUUCUGGUGGCAUUGUGGCAGAUGGUAGCAUGGCUAACACCUUACAAGGGAAUGAUCAGGCUUCAAAGAAUCAAAUUGGGCGAAAAAGAAAGCAGCCAGUGUCAUCUUCAGGUCCUGCCAAUAGCUCAGGGACUGUUAAUACCACAGGACCAUCUCCCAGUUCACCUUCAACGCCUUCUACCCACACACCAGGAGAUGUAAUGUCUGUGCCAACUUUAUCCCAUAAUGGUGGUUCCUCAAAGUCUCUACUUAUGUUUGGCUCUGAUGGUUUGGGCUCACUUGCAUCAGCGCAAAAUAAAUUGACUGAUGUGGACCGUUUUGUGGACGAUGGAUCUUUAGAGGAUAAUGUUGAAUCGUUCUUAUCACAUGAUGAUGCUGACCCUAGAGGAAGAGUUGCUCGCUGUUCAGAUGUCAGCAAAGGCUUCACUUUUAAGGAAGUCCAGCGUAUUCCUGCAAGUACAAGUAAAGUUGAAUGCUGUCACUUCUCUUCAGAUGGAAAAUCACUUGCCACUGGUGGGCAUGACCGAAAGGCUGUAUUGUGGUGUACUGAGUCCUAUACUGUAAAGUCUACACUUGAAGAGCAUUCUCAAUGGAUAACCGAUGUUCGUUUUAGUCCUAGCAUGUCAAGGCUUGCUACAUCUUCUGCUGACAAAACUGUCAGGGUUUGGGAUGCUGAUAAUCCUGGAUAUUCACUUCGUACUUUUGUGGGGCAUUCUACAACUGUAAUGUCAGUGGACUUCCACCCUAGUAAAGAGGACCUUCUCUGCUCUUGUGAUAACAACAGUGAGAUACGAUACUGGAGUAUCAAUAAUGGUAGUUGUGCUUUGGUUUUCAAGGGUGGUGCAACUCAGAUGAGGUUUCAACCCAAUGCUGGAAGAAACCUUGCAGCUGCAGCUGAUAAUUUUGUAUCCAUCCUUGAUGUCGAGACGCAAGCUUGCAUGCGUAAAUUACAGGGCCAUAAGAGCCUUGUCCAUUCUGUGUGCUGGGAUCCUUCUGGUGACUUUCUAGCAUCAGUGAGUGAUGACUUGGUUAGAGUGUGGUCAGUUGGCUCCAGCGUCAGAGGGGAAUGCAUUCAUGAGUUGAGCUGUUCUGGCAACAAAUUUAAUACAUGUGUUUUCCAUCCAACUUGUCCUUCAUUGUUGGUCAUUGGCUGUUAUGAGACUUUGGAGCUUUGGAACAUGGCCGAGAACAAGACAAUGACUCUGCAUGCUCAUGACAAGCUAGUAUCUUCUUUGGCGGUAUCAGAUGCUACCGGGUUGGUUGCUUCUGCUAGCCACGACAAGUGCGUCAAGCUCUGGAAGUGA